UCAAAGCAUACAGCCCGGGUGGUUAUCAGAGCGCUGCAGAAUGCGCUGUCUCCUGGCUCUGCACUCAGCCUUGGACACCCUGGGCCUCGUCUUCAAGCUAGGUGUCACGAGGCUCCGGCUUUAUGUGCUUGAAGAAGUGGCCGCACCAAUGGGAACCGUUGCCACAAAUUAUCCAGAUCUCAUUAUUCAUCCUCCGCGGCCGUCGUCUACGUGCGUCCAGUACGGAUACAACAAACAGUAUGUACUGCAGCGAAGGAUCAUAAAUAUCUAAUACCCAAAAGAAAAUCAAGAGUUCAGGAGAGAAGUGAAAUACACUAUUAA